AUGGGUAUAGACAUCAACCACAAGCAUGACCGUAAGGUCCGCCGAACGGCGCCCAAGAGCGAGGAUCCCUACCUCCGCGUCUUGGUCAAGGUUUACCGCUACCUCGCUGACCGCACCGGCAAGAAGUUCAACAAGAUCAUCCUGAAGAGGCUCUUCAUGGCCCGCCGUCACCGUGCCCCGCUUUCUCUUGCCCGCAUCGCCCGUUUCCUCAAGCAGAAGGGCAACGAUAACAAGAUCGUCGUUACCUGCGGAACCGUCACCGAUGAUCAUCGCCUCUACGAAGUCCCGAAAUUCACGCUCGCCGCAAUGCGUGUCACGGAAGGAGCCCGCGCCCGUAUCCUGAAGGCUGGCGGAGAAAUCAUCACCUUGGACCAACUUGCCCAGCGUGCCCCCCGUGGAGAGAACACCCUCCUCGUCCAGGGACCGCGCAAGGCCCGUGAAGCAGAGAAGCACUUCGGACCCGCACCCGGAGUUCCGCACAGUCACGCCAAGCCACUUGUCCGUGCCAAGGGACGCAAAUUCGAACGCGCCCGUGGUCGCAGGAAGUCCAGAGGAUACAGGAAC